AUGCUGGAGUGUCACGACUGCCGGCUCCGUCAGGUCUAUCAUGCCCUUACUGCUAUCGAAUUGCGCAGGCGUCGCCAGACCUUCCGACCUUGGAUCUGCCAAAAUCAUGGAAGAGACCUUUUUCAGUAUCUCUUUUACGCGGACGAGGACGCGUACGACUCGACCGACCAUAGAAAUACCAAACGCUCGCGUUGGGCCGAAACGGUUUUUCCGAAGGGUCAGUCGGAGUUUUACGGCAAAGGACGCUCUGUAUUCGAGGAAGACGAUGACGAAGGGGAAACGGGAAUCUGCUUCUCUGCUCGAGUAGAGUGCAAACCCAUAUCGUCGAUCGAGAAGAGAUCUUGCAUUUCUCAUGUUACCAACCUACUUGAAAGUCUCAACGUAGACCCCUUCUCGGAAACCGACACUGAGUCUGUUAUGAUUCGGGAAGCAAACCGUCGGUGGUUUGAGGCGUACUCUUCGGACCCAGAGCCAAAACGCAAAGUUCCUUCCAAAUGCGUCCACUUUCCCGAUUAUUCUCCCGUGACCUCUGUCCAUAACCUCAUCACAUACUCCUGUGCGAGUCGGUUGCAGCGGGCAGACCGUACGUGGGAAAUCGAUGCCAUGCGGAGAGAAACUCCUCCCCCUGAACACAAAGCAAAAACACCUUUGUGUGACGAAAUUAUGGAGGAUGGAUUCACAGAUGAAAUAUCCGGCGAGGCAGACAUCCACGUAUCUCUCCGACCGUUAGAACUAUUUCCCCCAGUGUUUUCGGAUGUCCCCCCUGUUUCCGAAUCAUCAUGUACCACUCUGACUUUAAAUGCAAGUCUCUCUUUCCCGAAAACAGAAUCGAAAUCUGGAAUCGAUUCGUCCACAGGCCUGCUCCCAGAUGUCAUUUCCUGUGAGUUGACCGUAUCUGCAGCUUUUCCCAAGAGGCGUCGACGACGGAGGAAACAUCGCAACAGAACGACAAACCCCAAACCCCCCGUUCCUCCCAUAUUGUCAGAUUUGCCAUGUAUUAGUCUUGACUGGCCCUCUUGCUCGAAUACGUUUUACUCGGAACAAAUGCGUUCGCUGGACUCUAUUUUAUCUCAUGAGAUGUGCUCUUUCCCAAUAACCGCCAGUUGUUGUUAUGUUACCCCCAAUCUGGCCAAAUCCCAAAAAUACUUCUGA